GGGUACGUAAGGUGGGCAGAGGCAGACAAAUAACUUUUCGUUGCUAAUCGAUAACGCAAACAAAUCUGUUCCAUCCAGCCCAGGAUGGCCCGUUCGAUGUGAAAAAUCAGUGUUUUGCUGGGAAAAUCGUGGUGCUUCGGUUGAAAUUUGAGCGUCGAGCGAAAGAAGCGCAGCCAUGGAUCGGAGUAUCAAAACGAAAAGCAAUUUAUCGAACACGAAAAAUGAAUGUGUUCAGGUGGUGGUGCGCUGCCGGCCGCUCAACAAUAAGGAGCAGACCGGGAACUUCCAGAAGGUGGUCGAUGUUUAUCCCAGCCGGGGCGUGAUCGAGAUCCUGAAUUGCAAUGAAGCGUCGAGGGAGAACAAAAAGAUGUUUACGUACGACGCCGUGUACGAUUGUCUCUCCACACAACAAACGAUCUACGAUGAGGUUGUACGCCCGCUGGUUUCGUCCGUCAUGGAAGGGUUCAAUGGGUGUGUCUUUGCGUACGGUCAAACGGGCACGGGUAAAACGCACACGAUGGAAGGCAUCAAGAACGAUCCGGAGCAGAAGGGCAUCAUCCCGCGGGCGUUCGAGCAGAUCUGGGGCCACAUCAACAGGGCGCAAAACAUGAACUUCCUGGUGGCGGUUUCGUAUUUGGAAAUUUACAUGGAGGAAUUGCGCGAUCUACUGAAACCGAACGCGACCUGUUCGCUGGAACUGCGCGAACGGGACGGUGGUAUCGUGGUACCGAACCUGCACUCCGUACUGUGCAAAAGCGUCGACGACAUGCUGAACGUGAUGCAUCAGGGCAACAAGAACCGGACGGUCGGGUUCACCAACAUGAACGAGCACAGUUCCCGUUCGCAUGCGAUAUUUCUGAUUAAGAUUGAAAUGUGUGAAGCCGGUUCGACGCUAGUCAAGGUCGGGAAGCUGAAUCUGAUCGAUCUGGCCGGUAGCGAGCGACAGUCGAAAACGGGUGCAACGGCCGAACGACUGAAGGAGGCCAGCAAGAUCAACCGUGCCCUCUCGUCGCUGGGUAACGUCAUCUCGGCGCUGGCCGAAAAAUCGCCCCACGUUCCUUACCGCGAUUCGAAGCUGACCCGCUUGCUGCAGGAUUCGCUGGGCGGAAAUUCAAAAACCAUCAUGAUCGCAAACAUUGGUCCCUCCGAGUUCAAUUACAAUGAAACGCUUACCACGCUCCGGUACGCCCAUCGGGCCAAGACGAUCGAAAACAAACCGGUGAAGAACGAGGAUCCGCAGGAUACGAAGCUGCGCGAGUAUCAGAACGAGAUAGCGGAACUGCGCAAGCUGAUCAGCGAGCGGCAGAAGCGCGAACGGACGGUGCAUCGGGAGAAGAAGGCGAAAAAGAAAGCGACGCGCGUGAAGCGCGAACCGAGCCUAACACAGUCGGACGAAAAAUCCGAUUCCGAGGUGGAAGAGGAGGAAGACUGCGAGAAGGAAAACGAGCAGGACUUUAACGAGCUGGACACGAAAGCCAAAGAGGAGUUGAUGAAGGAGCGCGAAGCAACGGCUACGUUGGCCGCCAAGCUGCUCGAGCUGGAGGGACAGCUGGUCAAGGGUGGCAAAAACAUUCUCGACACGUACACCGAGCGGCAGUUCGAGCUGGAGAAGAAGCUGUCCGAGAUUGCCGAGCGCAAGAAGCGUGAAAUCGAGAUGCAGCAGCAGCUGGAACUGCAGGAAGAGUCGACGAUGGAGAUUCGCGAAACGUUCACCUCGCUGCAGCAGGAGGUGGAGCUGAAGACGCGCAAGCUGAAGAAAUGUUACGCCAAGUGUAUGGCGCUGAAACAGGAGCUGCAGGACACGCGCGACGAGCAUAACCGGGAUAGGCGCGAGCUGGAAAUGACGCAGAACGAACUAAUCAAGGAGCUGAAGCGAUUGCUGCUCAUCAUUGACAACUUUGUGCCGGCGGAAGUCAAAUCGCGGCUGUACACCCAGGCCAAGUACGACGACGAAGCGGAGGAAUGGUUCCUGAACGGCAGCAUGAUGCUGAACAACCACCAAAUGUUGACGCGGCCCGUCGCCGACCCGAGCCGUAGGCGGCCGAUGAGCGAGUACGCACUGCAAAUGAUCAAAACCAAGUCCAGCGAUGCCGUCCGCUACAAGGGCGAAAACAUACUUGACUAUGAGCUGGACAUGCCACUCCGAACGACGUACGAGUACUCCAAUCCGAAAGUGUCGGCCUCGUUACAGGCAGUCCUGGCCGAAGCGAUGCAAACCGAGGACGACAUCGACAUUACCGAUCAGUCCAACUAUGCUAGCAUGAUGAAGAUGCGCCUCGAUCAAAUUACCAAGCGUAACGUUCAGGAACACGCGGCAAGCGCCUCUACCAGCAGUGCCAUGAACAGCGGUACUACAAACGGAAGCACUGGUAGCGGCCCAGCAGGUGUUCCUGUGCCGAGUAGUAGCGGUGUCACUGGUAUUGGCAUGGUUGGUGCUAGUAGUGGCGCCAGCCGUGCCAGAUCCUCGGUGUACAGUCGGGGAAAAUCGGCGGCGCCUGCUUUUGGAGCACACUCGGCCGCACCGGUAAAGAAGGUGUCCUCGUCGGCACUUAUGUCUAGCAGCCACGGAGGCACCGGAGGGGGUGCGGGUGCGGGCAACAUGUUCCCGAAAGCGCGCGGACUCAUACCCAAGUAGAGCCUGCGCCCCGGUGAAACUGAAGUACUCAUCUAGAUGUCAUCAUCGUUAUCGUAUCAUCAUCAUCACGCAACAGUACGGCAUCAUCGUUGUUUAAUCGCAUCCACCUAAGCAUAUGAUUGAUGAUCUCGCUUCGCUGUGCUUAGUGCUUAAAGCCGGUGGCAUUGGUGUGUUUGCAUUUACUCCCAGCUCCCCGCCCAUUGGAGUAUUGGCACACAUUCUCCCACCUUUACAUUGUUUUGGGUUUUUGUUUUGCACGAAUCGAUGAAUGAGAGACGGUUGCAGGAAAAGUUUCACUCACGCGCGCGCUUUUAUCAUAACACGCAAUUGGCAGUUGGAAAGGGAAAGGAAGGUUUUUUCUUUUUAGUUGGAUAAAAUACUCGAGAGACGAAUGGAAUGAAUUCUGAAAGAGAAAGGAAGUAGAAGUAGGACGAGACGAGACAAAAGGGGGUUUUGUGUGCGAGAGAGCCUUUAUGUGACACUUAAAUUAAUCAAAAUGAAACUAAGUCGUAAGCGUUGAAAAGAUAACCACAGUAAGAUUACCACAAACACACACACACACACACAAUUGAAACAGAAACGGAAGAAAACAAGCAAAUCCGUGAAUUUGGGACGCUCGGACGAAGGUAUUAACAAAAGCUGUGCCUAGGAAUACUAUUAUUUUACGUUCCUUUCGUAACACAUUAACCGUUGCUUAUAUUUCGUUAAGAACGUUGAGGCAUAUUUAUGUUCGUUACUUAUAUACUUUUGUUAUAGUUUCGCGAUCCAACCGUUGCAGUUAGAUGGAGCAGUUUUGUGAGAAUCUUUGUCGCACCUAGCUGUGUCUGUUCGCCACAAUUCACUUGAAACACCAUCACUUCCUGCGCUUUUAUUACGUUAUUAUUAUUAUGUUACGUUAUGUUUAGUUUUGCUUUGGUGUGCUAUAUUGAGUUUAACCAUGUUAUUGCAUUUUGCUACGAGGCUGACUGUUUUCCCUUUUUCUCCAUUGUAAAUAAUUUCGAAAAUUAUGUUAACACGCGCGGCGAAGAGUUUUUGUUUAUUCAUCCCAUACCCGAAUGGUUCUGCGACUGACUGUUGAUAGGUUUUCUUGAGUUUCGAUAUUAUGUCUAUAUUACGUUUGUAAGCAUUAUAUUCCGGCAUAAUAGGGGUUAGACCUUUGUAUUUGAUCGCGAGUGGUGGAGCGUCGUUUGUGGCGGAAGCAUCAGUUUUAAGAAGACGGUUCAUGUAGUGCUUAAAAUACCCGAUCGAUACGUAUAUAUGAUUUUCGAAUAAUUUCAAUCAAUUACAAUCACAACGUCUGAUAGAUGAUAGAUGCAAAAGAUCCGUAGAUGCUUUGGCUGCAGAAAAGACCAGGGAGCAGUGUAUAAGUCUUUAGAUUCCAAAAUCGAAAUUUGAUCCCCUUCGACUUGUAAUUACACGUAACACCGAACAAAACUGAACUGAUGCUUUGUUCACUAAGAAUGUGAAUCAUAAAUUCCCCCAACUACGUUCAUUUGAUGGCUGAGUACACACAUGCUUUCGGAACAUCAUCAUGCAUGCUGCACAUUGGUCCGCUUUUGGCAAGCGGAAUAUUAAAUCUAUCGUACAAAAGAUACUCUCUUUGCUUAUGCAACACAUUUGAAAUGGAAAGGCCGAAGGUUUUGAUCAUCCGUGUGGGGACAAACUUUAAGCAGAUGGAAUGUGUGCCGCUCACUGUAGUGCUGGCGCUCCGGACUUGUGCCCGGUUGAGUGUUUAGUGUGUAUGCAUUUUGGUGUACGGCACCCACAGAUCGGUUAGGGUUGUGUAGAACAAACGAUGGACGUAUUAUUCAAAAUAAAAAGAAAGGAAAACUCGUACAAAAUCACACGCAA